AUGACAGACCACCGUUCCGAAGACGGAGACGAAUUACUACUACACGAGUCUACAACUCCUGUCGUUCUUAAUAGAGAAACUGCAUUUCCUAGUUUGCCUAUACCAGUACCGUCGACAGCAACCCAGCAAACAGCGCCACAGCAACAAAUAAGUGACAGCACUUUUCAACUGUUUACGUCGUACUUCGAUUCUAAAAUAUCUGCAUUGAAGAACGAGUUACUGUCGGGCAACGACUCCUUAGCCACUAAGUUGAAAAAGGAAGCGUCCGUGAAACUAAAGAGUGAAGGUAAUCAAAUCCAAUUUUCUUUCAAUUCCGAAGUCCUUGCUGACCUACAUAAGCUGCAAAAACGUUUUUCGAAGGAAGAUUUUGUUUCUAUAAAUUUAAUUUCUGGACUUAUCUUAAAGUUGAACAAAAGAAAUAAGCUCAUCAGAAUAGCCGAUAAAUCUCCUGCUGGUUGGACCACAGUUCGCGAGUACGAGAGUGACGAAAUAGCAUCAGAUUCAGAUGACGAGAAAAGACUCCGACAAGCUGAAAGCAGAGCUCUCAAAACCAUCAAGGAGAAGAAAAGUCGUACUAAACCUUACGCUAAGCCUUCAGCUACUGUUUCCAGACCUCCUACUAAUACUGCAGAUAUGCCUCUUCAACAGUACAACCAGCCGCCCUUUCGGAGGAACAGUCGCCGAGAGGCGACUUCCUAUGACAUGUGUUAUGAAUGCCACCAAUUUGGACACUGGAGGACAAACUGUCCCAAUAGAAGCAGCAAGCAAUUUACACCAAGGAACAACCCAGCAACAUAAGAUAAAAGAUAAGUUUCUUAAUUUAG